GGAUCGUAUGUCCUCCAGGAGCCGAGGGCGCAGUCUCCUGAAGCACUUCUCCCGUCAGAGGUCCCCGCCCGGUGACGAGGAUGGCGGCGGCUCCAGGAUCUCCAGUCUCCGCCCAAAGUCAGUGUGCUCCUCCAUCCUGGUGGACAAGGAGUGGCAGCGGAGUGAUGAACUCCUGGACCUGAUGGUUGCCCAGGGCAAGAUCUCCAGGGAUGACAGGGACGACCUCCUCAAGAAGUUCGCCACGGACAGGAACUUCAAGAGCGGGGAUGCUCAACGAAUGAUCCUUGCCAACCUUGUUAAAACUGGAAGGAUAUCCAUAGAUGAUGCAGUCCACUACUCCCGGCUGCUAGGAAUCGUGGCAUCUGCAGAGACGGAGGCACGGACCAUCGCAGAGGUUAGCAACGCCUUUCAGGAGAAGAGAGUGUAUAAUUUUGGAGUGUACAAGUACUACAAACACCGCACAUGCCAGCGGAGAAUCCUACAGAUUGAUUUCCAGGCAUGCCAGCUGUGUAACAUACAGAAAGGAAACCUGAAUAGAAAGUUUACCUUUGCAACUGUAACAGACUACGAGAGUGAGGAGGGGCUCAGGUUUUUUAUCUACUUCAAAGAUCACCAUGAAUAUGAAUUGGAAGCAGACACGUUAGAGGAAAAAGAAAAGAUCUGCAGGUUGCUUCACCUGAUUGUGGAACAAAACAAAUCGACGGCAACAGGGCGGGUACUGAGCCAAGCUGACUUCAGGGGGACGCUGACCCAGUGCCAGACAGUCAUCAAGGAAGGCUUCCUAGAGAAGAAGAACCACAAUCUCUACACAACAUGGACAAGGCGAUGGGUAAGGAUAAGGCAAGGAGAGUUGUCCUACUACAAACCUGACGACGACAACCAACAGGCACUCAACAUCCUCCAGCUUUCCAGAGAGGUUAACCUGGUCAAGAAGGUCAAUAACAAUGGCUUUAGUAUCUCAACAAGGAAGAAGGUCUACUUUUUUCGAGUCAUUGUGAGUGGGAAUGUUACUGCAGCUGAACUAGAGAGGCAUCGAGAUGAGUGGUUCAAGGCUAUUCGCUAUGGAUGCGGUGAUAGGAGAGAGUCUGUGGCGAACCUUGGAGAUGAUAGCUUCAAUACCAGUGCCGUUACCACCAACGGAAGCAUCAAGUCUCAGAGAGAAAGCAUUAAUACCAUGCUCAAAGGAUAUUAUGAGGAAUUAGAAGCUCUCAACUCGGUGAUGGGUGGAAUGGAUGGUAAGAGUGCUGAAGCCAAGAAGACGGCCAUGAGGUUACAACAGAUCAUCAAACAUCUUGAAAGCUUCAUAACAGAUUACAAGCCAUCUAACGAUGAUACAAGGCCGGACAGCUCCAGCGGGAAUUCAGCAUCUCUCGAGACUGACAUCUCAUCGAACGGUGAUCGUCCUGCCAAUUCCUUAAUAGAAAAUGGUAUCAGUGAUCAGAGUAGUAUGGACGAAUCUGCUUCCACCAAAAACACUACCACAGACUCUGUAAGGCUUUCCAUAAUCUACCGAAACAGCUGGGCACAGUUUGAGAACAACGGCAUGCGAACAUCAUCGGUCGUCAGCUGCAAAGACAGCGACCCCAUCAAGAACAGUUUGGAAGAUGCAAAGCAGUGCAACGGCUCGGAAAAGAUCACACUGUCCUCCAUCAAGAAUGGCCUCUCUGACAUCUUCCCACGGAACAGCGUGAUGAUGAAUGGAGGCGACAUAACAGGCGGGCUGGAGACGGUCCCUGAAAGUAAGCUGGAGAAUGGGGUGGAGGCCACCGUAGCCAAUAGCAAUGCGGCAUUCCUGGAGCAGUUGGACGCCGAUGCCAACGGGAACAAACCAACUGCUCCAACGCCCAACCAAAAUGCACCUAACAAUGGACACAUUCCUCUAAUCUUAGAAGACUCUCUGCCUCCCCUUCCUCCUCCCCCUCCCCCACAAUUAGAGCGGACCUUUGCCAUCCGGGAAAAGAUGCCAACUCGUGCACCACCCCCACCCCCUCCCAACACCAACACCACCACUACUACCACAACUCCAACAACACUGUCACCCCAUCUGCCUCCUCCACACUUCAUCCCGACAGGAUCCUGCAAUGACAGACUGGAGUUUGAGAAGCUCUUCAGCUCCGCCUCUGUGUCUCCGGUCCUGCGGAGACGGAUGUGGCAGGCCGCAGCCACCACUGGCAACUUCACCUUCAAAUCACCACCUCCCCUGCCCGUCCGUGGAGCCAGUGAGAACAAGCCAAAGGAAACAGUGCCUAAACAGGAGACAGCCAAAGGACACUUAUCAACAUCUGAAGAAAACCAAGUGCCACCUCCUCUCCCUCCCAGACAGUCGGUGUUCGACCCUGCAGAAGUGGAACUGCGGAACAAAUUCAAUGCAGCAAAGUCUAGCAGUACAGCCAACAAGAAAUAUGGUGCAAGCACAAACUCACAGUUGCCAAAGAAACACAAAAGCCCCUCUCAGUCUUUCUGGAGGACCUUCAAGUCAUCAAAGUCAACUGCUGCAAUUAGUAAAGUCUUCCCAUCAUCAGCGUCUUCUUCCAGUAAGUGCAAGGAUCCGCCUCCACUACCACCGAGACAAGCGUCAGUCACUCCUUGUCCUAGGGCACCUCCCAGUGAAGAAGACCUCAAGGAAGAAGCAGCAGAAGAUAAGGAGGAAGAGGAGGUAUCAGUUACAAGCAGGACAAUUACAGCUCCCAGUAUACCAGCCCCACCCGCCCCUCCCCCGCCCCCUGUAGCUCUUGUACCAAUCAGAACAUUCAAGGUCAAAUCCAAGGUCAAGAUGAGACCGUUCCAUUGGAAUAAGAUCAAUAAUAUGAUGGUAAGUGGUUCAAUAUGGAAGACUGCGAGGGAUCUUACAGAGUUAAUUGAUACAGACGUCCUUGAAGAUAUGUAUUCGGAUAAAAAGAAAGAGACUACUGAGCCAGAAACGAGCAAGAGGAAACUGAAGAGCUUCUUGGAUCCCAAAGUUGCUCAGAAUCUGGGUAUCUUCCUGGCUGGCUUCAAGAUGGAUGCCGAGGAGCUGAAAUACAGGUUGACCAUCCUCAGUGAGCAAGAUGGAGGCCUAGAUCCAGAGCAUAUCAACGUCAUCAGGAGGUAUCACCCUACAGCAGAGGACGUGGAGACAUACAGCCAGUACAGGGAGAAAUCUCAAGAGUUGGAACCAACCGACCAGUUCAUGUUACAACUCUGUGAGAUACCACAUCUCAAGACAAGGCUAGACAUCCUUCUCAUUGUCAACGAGUUCCCCGUCCAAUACGAGCACCUUGCACCAACAAUUGAGCAUGUCCUGGACAGUCUAGAUGUGUUAUGUCACAGUGUUAGGUUUGUUUCAGUACUGGAAUAUGUUCUUGCUGUUGGUAACUUCAUCAACAGUGGCUGCAGCAAAGGAAUCGCUAUGGGUUUCAAAUUGGCAACACUCCCAAAGCUAGCGGAAUGCAGAGCGAGAGAUAAGAACUUCACUCUCCUGAAGUACCUGGUGCAACAGAUCCACAAGCAUGAACCAGACUUACUUGGUUUCAUCGAAGAGCUUCAACCUAUCAUGCAUGCAAGUGAUGCAUCAAUAAAAGCACUGCAAGCCGAGGUUGAAGUAAUGAAGAAGGAUCUAUGUAAAUUAAAGAAGAAUGCAUCUGUUUUGAUGAAGGUUGAAAAUCCACCAGAAAGGGAUAUUGCAUUCUGUGAUGAUAUUGAGAUGUUUGUGGAAUCUUAUGAGGGCAAGCUAAAUGAUCUUCAGGAUAAGUCAGAUGAUAUGAAAAAUCUUUUUGAACAAAUGCUGACGCGAUUUGGUGAGAAUGUUAAUGUGGAAUCCCAGGAAAUCUUUGCAUCUAUUGCUGAGUUUGUGAAAGCUUUCAAGAGAGAAGUGGAUCUUAUCAUGGUGACUGCUGGUAAACACAACAGGAGAAAAUCAAAGAAGUAUUCUGGAAAUCCUCGAAAGAGCAUGCCACGUGACUCAGCCAUUGACAGUGUAACCAGUUUGGAGAGGAGCGACUCGGCUGAAAGCUGUCCUGACCAGUAUGAUGCAGAUGGCAUUGCGGGUGUUGCCAAUUUGCGUAAAGCAUUUAGUGCUGAUUGCCGGUCUGCGGCAGGCCAGAACAAGCGACAGGGAUUUAUUCAGGAUAAGACAAAGGGUGUGUCAAGUCCCAGAACACGCAAACCACUACCAAAGAACCCUACCAAGGAGGGAUACAUGGAGAAAUUAAGCACUGCCAAAUCACCCCUAUCAUCACAAUGGAACAGGCGAUAUUUUGAGCUCACAACACAGGGUCACCUCUACUACUCUAAGAGGAAAAACGAAAAGAACGUUGAAUCCAUCUACCUUCGGGGGUGCCCUGUUGCGCUGGAGGACGAUCGGACAAUCGUCAUCCAGACUGAUGAACGUUGCUACAAGCUGAAAGCAGCAUCGCACGAGGAGGCACAGGAAUGGCUCGAAUGCCUGCUCGUUUACACUCUCAAGCAAGCCAACGUUCCACGCAGAGCCCACUCGCAGUUUCCAACAGGCGAAUUUGGACUGUAACGUCACGAUUUGUACAUAUUUUUCCAGAGAUUUUAUAUAUAUAUGAUGAAUAUUUUGAAGAUAUGAAUUUAUAUAAUAUAUAGAUGUGUCUAUCAAAUAUAAGUAUGCUUACAUGUGCUGUUUGUGUAUGUUAUAUAAAUGGGGCUGAUGUAAUAGUAGACAAUUAUGGGUAAUAUGUACGAUAUUAAAUAUGCAAUGGUACAUCGUUAUAGAAGUUUCUUUUUCUUUACCUUUUGGUACAUUUAUUGAUUUAAGUGACAUUAUUUUUUACAGUAUUCAUUUUCAUUGUAGUACAGGCCAAUCAUUGCAGCCUUUCAUGUCCUAUCUGGUUCUAUUUAUUAACAAAGGUUUUGCCAAAAUAAAACAAAUGAAUAAAAAUCUCAGGAAAUGCACAAAUAAAAGACAAUUUUUCCUAAUUCCCAAUUCAAGUUAUGUUUAUAGAAAUAAAUUAUCUAAGUUUGUGUGUUUCACUUUUUGAAUUUUCAAACCUAUCAUAAACUAACUGAAAUUAUUGAAAGAUUUUAUCUCUUGCACAAAGGAUACCCAACACCAAAAAGGAUGGAUUCACAGCUUGAAUCUAAUUUAUUACUUAUUUAAAACACUAUUUUCCCAUUCUAAACUUAAUUUGUAAUAUACUAUUUGACAUGAUGAUGAUUGCUGCAAAAAUUAUCAACAAAAUGUCAUCAAAUCUCAGUCCUUAAUUUACUCUACAAUCUACACUGGUCAAUAAUAGAAAAAGUUUGUCUCUCAGAAAAUAAAUAUGGAUAAAAGUUCCUAAAAUUAGUUUUCUUAUUAUUUCUAUAUUACACAGUCUGACCCCUCUUCGCAGCCAACUGUUAAUAGAAAAAGCAUGUUUAGUGGCCACCAAAGUUAUUUCCCAUUUGAUAGGAAUAUGUAAUAUAUAUAAUAGAACUUACUAAAAAGUAAGUUACUAAACCACACGUCUCCAGUCCAGUGGCAACUUUUCUGUUUCCCUUACAUGGCCAAAAUAAACCAGUUUGACUUUAUACUAAUGAGCCUCAAUUUUAUUCAACAUUACAAGCAAUCCAUUCCUAUGUUUCCUUUCCAUAUUCAAUUGAACAUCUCAUGAAGAAGGAAAAUUAUGGCACUCACAAA